AUGAAAAUACUUUUAAAGUAUAAAAAUCACCAGAUAUCUCCACUCGAAAUAGAGUCCGUUAUACGAAAGCACCCGGAAGUACUUCAAGUAGCGGUCACGGGUGUACCUCACCCCACAGACGGUGAGUUACCGGUAGCUUGCGUGGUAUUAAGAAAAGGUUCUAGUGCCACAGAUCAAGAAAUACAAAAUAUGGUUAAAGAUACGCUGGCUGACUCUAAGCAAUUGCGUGGCGGGGUAUUAUUUAUGGCCGAAUUACCGUUAACAGUAUCAUCGAAGAUUAAUAGGGCCAAACUAAAAAUGAUUGUUUUGGAGCUUAUAAAUAAGGAGAAUAAUUCUAACAUG